CGAUGGCCAGCGACGCAGCGAAGAGUGACCCUUUUAUCGACAAUAAUGAUGAGAUUUUGUUGUCGUCGUUGCGAGUAUCGGAUAAUUUAGAAUUUAGCGUAUUAUUGAACGGUACCCCGUUGGCCGGCGAACCAACCAUCACUGGAACACCCAUAGGGCCAGAAUCUGAGCGCCGUGCCACGUUUGUUUCACUUGUCAAUGCACUCGACCUGAAGCCAGCUCAGUAUCGUCACACUCCAGAGUCCACGCUAUCUCAACCAACUCAGGUCACUUUCAAGUCACUCGAUUAUCCAAAUAACAUGUCGGCCAGUCAGACGGUCAAUCUUGAUCCACUCAAGGCCAAUAUGGCCUCUGUCGACACUCCCCACGCACAAGAGUUUUCCUUCGAGUUAUCUGGCGGAUUAGAAUCAGAAUCAUAUGAUGAUGCUCAAGCAGAUAACAGCGUCGUCUCUCUGGAUCCCGAGGUGCUCGCGUCUCUCGUGAUCCAAUUACGGACAAAUUUAGCCACCACCACCAAGGAGAGGAAUCAGAUCAGAGGCGAAAGAGACGACCUCAUCCGUGACCUAGCUAUCACACAGACGAGAUUACAAGAGCUAGAAGACGUCCAUGAGAGGGAAGUCCAAACAUUGAAUGAAAUGGCCGUGUGGAGGAAGCGAUGUGAAGAAGCAGAAGAGCAGGUCGCACUACUGAGACAAAAAGUCGAAGAAAGCAGAAGAGCUGUCAUGACGCUGCAGACCCAAAGUAAACGCUUAUCCCAAAUGAGCGCCUCGUUCGGCAGCCCUCACGCCCAAACGUUUAGUGGAGACCCCACGAGUCGACCGGGAUAUGCAAAGAGGAUGAGCUUGCAAGUUGGCCCAUCCUCUUCCCCUCCGGUACCUCUUCUACCAACCCAUCAAAUCCUGAAGGAUCACCACCUCAAACCCGCCCAAAUUCAGACCAUGUCACUUCUCAAUCCAGUGGGUGCCGAGUUGGAAUCACUCCGACAAGAGCUCGUCUCUGUGCGAGUAGAGCUGUCGGAGACAAAGCGAGAACUCUGGGAGGCCACGGAGGCCAAGGAAGCAAGUGACGCUUGUCUCAAAGCUCUCAAAGACUUCAUCAACGAGAACAAUAUCGGAACCGCUUCAGGCUCCCCCACCUCUUCAUCCGUUGGACCCGACUCUGCCUCUCUUCGGGGAAUCUCACUUCCACCUCUCCCUACAGACGAUAUCCCUGAUGCCGAAGACACCAGUCAGACGAAAACCCCAGUUGCUACGCAUGCACAAACACCGUCUAUGGGCAGGAAAGGCUGGGGUCUCGGGUUUUGGACUAGUUCGACUCCAGCAACGAAUGGACAUACCUCUACCCCAGCAGACAAGGCGUCUGGAAAUGGCUCUGUUAGUCAUUCCUCCUCUUCGACGUUACUUCCUGCUAAAACCAGCGCCGUCUCUGCUAGUUCUUUCAGUAAUUUUGUCUCCAAAUGGCGAAGAGGUGAUUCAAUCUCAUCCUCUACGGAAACCCAAGAACCAGCAGUGACUCGAUUAUCCCAAGGCUCCCUUUCACCAGACCCACGAAAUUCACCGAAAAAUAUCAAUGACAAUUACACGCCCGCUCCUGUCCCCGGAAGCCUAAAACGACGACCUUCUGCCUAUGGUGCGAACCAUUUAGAUACAAAACUUGGCUUCGGGGACAGCAAGUCAAAUACGACUGUUAUCUUCAGCUACGAUAGAAGAGAUUCCGAGAUGUCACCCGCCGUCGCAAGUUUUGGCAAUGACAGAACCAAUACAAUCCUCACAUCCCAACGACAAACCAUACUCCAGAUCAACAAAGCCAGGAUGUCGCCAGAGAGUAUCACAAGCUCACUCGUCAACCCCACUCCUUCGCUCACCGAUGCUGAAAGCACCACUAAGGAUAGCGGCAGCGACGGUGAACUAGAUAGAAAGUCAUCUUUAGAAUCCUUGACCGACUCUAUCAACAAGACACCUUUGGAAGCAUCCUUCUUUCCCAUCCAGACCACUGAGCCCGAAGAGCUUCAGGAUGAAACCAAUGUCCUCCUCUUGCCCCCAGCGACUCAGUCCAUGAACAGAUCACCACUUUCCGCGUCGCCGAGAGCUAGAAUUGGCGAUGUUCCCAAGUCUCCCGCACUGCGCUUAGCUGGUGUCGAGAGCAGGAGGAAGACCCGAUCUCGUGCUUCUUCCAAUGCUGCAUUCAUGGGCUCUGGGAUGGAGACAAUUGUCGAGGGAAGUAACCGACCUGGAAAUGAGUAG